AGUUGUGCGUCCCUUCAGCGUGUGUUCCAAGGAGAUUUUACCUGCAGAGUUAUUGGGAAAAUGGCGAGCCUGUGUGCCAGAGCAGUGAGACAGAGCUACUCACUAGUAGCUUCAUCUGCGCUUACACGAGCAUCUCCACGAUUGUUAUGUACGGCCACUCAGCAGAAGAAUGGCCACAGGUCAGAGGAGGACGCUGAGAAGCCAGAGCAGAGUGCAGCAGAGAAAGUCCUGACGGAGGAGAAGACCCAGCUGGAGGAGCAGCUCAAGGAGAUGACGGAAAAGUACAAGCGGGCCUUGGCUGACACAGAGAACCUCAGAACGCGGAGUCAGAAGAUGAUAGAAGAUGCUAAAUUAUACGGGAUCCAGGGCUUCUGUAAGGACCUGCUGGAAGUGGCCGACAUCCUGGAGAAGGCUACAGAGAGCGUGCCCAAGGAGGAGGUGACAACCCAGAACCCUCACCUGAAGAACCUGUACGACGGCCUGGUGAUGACCGAGGUCCAGAUCCAGAAGGUGUUCACCAAGCACGGCCUGGUCAAGCUGAACCCCGACGGCCAGAAGUUCGACCCCUACGAGCACGAGGCCCUCUUCCACGCCCCUGUGGAAGGCAAGGAGCCCGGCACUGUCGCCGUAGUAACCAAAGUGGGCUACAAGAUUCACGGUCGCACCCUCAGGCCAGCGCUGGUGGGUGUGGCCAAAGCCCCCUAGAAAUGAUGACAACUGUGACAAAAUGGGAUUUGUUUUGUUGCCUGGGUGACGGGGGACCUCAGUUACAGUAGACUGGCCCCAGCACCCUGCCACCCUUUUCCCAUGGGUCACUCCCCCUCCUGCCUCGAAGAGACGUGAACCCAGCUGAAAUGAACUUUGUAUCUGGACAAUAUUCAUCUGUUCCUAACAGAUGCAUAACACUCUGUCUGGCACAGGACAGUCUUUGCAGUAAAAAUUAAUUUAGUCAUUACAUAAGUCAUUUCAGGCAGUUAUCGUCAGAUGUUUAAAAAAGAAAAAAGCACCAGCUCACAGACAGAGGCUUUCAUGUCUCUUCACGCUGCCAUAAAUUUAAACUGGAAGAGAAGCAGUGGAAUAUAUUUCACUGACUUAUAAAAAAAAAAGCAUACCAUCUGAUCAUAACCCUCUAAUUUCAGUACUUUUUGGAUGAGAGCUGGUGUAAAAUCCAUCCACACGGUGAACAGUGACUCUGAACUGCUGAUAUCAUUCCGGACUUUUGUUGAAAGCUCUAAUAAUCUUGAAAUUGACUCUUCAGUUGUCUUUCUUGUUUGUGAGUUUCAUUGUGUGAAUAAAGCUCAGAGCAGUACUUGUGGAUCUGAAGAAAGGCUUGAGAUCUUACUCUGUCCCGAGGUGGGCUUUCUAAAGCCUGCAGAGUACAGACAUCUUCCUCUGCUUCAUUUGGAUAUGAUCGGUCUCCGGUCAGCCGGCCUCAGUCACAGUAACGUCCCUGUGCCACAGUGUGGCUCAGUAAGGUUGGACAGUGAUGUAACAGCUUUAUCUGUAAACCAUUAGAGUAAUUAUGUACAUGGACCUUUGUCCAAAUUGUCACAGCAUCAGAAUAAACUGAUCAUCUUUGAAA